AUGAACGGCCAUUUCGGCGGUGCUGGGGACGACCUCUCACCGGAAGACUACAAACAUGGCGUCCAGAUCAUCAACGAGGACAAGCAGUUCAACGAGAAUCUGCCGCAGUACCUGCAGUUGGAGAACAUCAUCCGAGCCGGUUUCAACUACCACAUCAUCUCCGUCUUCGGCAGCCAAAGUACGGGAAAGAGCACGCUGUUGAAUUACCUGUUCGGCACCAGUUUUGGUGUUAUGAGCGAGCAGGAGAGGCGGCAGACAACCAAGGGAAUAUGGAUGUCAAAGAACAAGAAGGAGCAUUCUGGCGGUGAGGGAAAGGCGAUGGCGGAGAAUAUCCUGGUCAUGGACGUGGAGGGUACCGAUGGGCGCGAAAGAGGGGAGGAUCAAGACUUCGAGCGCAAGAGUGCGCUUUUUGCUCUGGCUACGAGUGAGGUCUUGAUUGUCAAUAUCUGGGAACAUCAGGUUGGACUGUACCAGGGAGCAAAUAUGGGGCUGCUCAAGACUGUGUUCGAGGUCAAUCUGCAGCUCUUCCUCAAGGACUCGAAGAGCGUGCCGCGUAGCUUGCUGUUCUUCGUGAUUCGAGAUCACCUGGGAACCACACCUCUCGAGAACCUCAAGCAAACCCUCACACAGGACCUGUCAAGAAUAUGGGGCUCGCUCUCGAAGCCACAAGGUUUGGAGAAGAGCAGGAUUGAGGACUACUUCGACUUCGCAUUCGUCGCACUGCCGCACAAGAUCCUCCAGCCAGAGAAGUUCGAGCAAGAGGUGCAGAGGUUGGGGACAAGGUUCAGAGAAGGCUACAAAGAUCCAAAGAGGGCAGGCUUGGUUGACGAGACCGCAGAGCCAGUGCUGCUCCCCGAAUACCAUCGCCGGAUACCAGCGGACGGCUUUCCCAUGUACGCCGAGGGUGUGUGGGAGCAGAUCGACAGCAACAAGGACUUGGAUCUUCCUACCCAGCAGGAGUUGUUGGCCCAGUUCAGAUGCGACGAGAUUUCCAAGGAGGUACUCAUCCCAUUCGACGAGGUCAUCACGCCUUUGGAAGAAGAACAGGCCAGUUCUGUAGCCGCUGGAAAGCCAAGUGUGAUUGCGAAGCUCGGUCUCACCAUGAUCGCUGCUAGGAAACUCGCACUUGGCAGCUUCGAGGAGGAGGCUAGCCGCUACCACAAGGGUGUCUACAAGAGAAAGCAGGCGGAACUGGAAAGCAAGAUCGAUGGCAGACUCAAGGCCUUGUUCCUCGGUCAACUCAGCGCUGCGCACAAGAGCGGCGUCAACGAAUUCUCAGAAGCCGUCAGCAGCGCAGUCAAGGCGGGCCAGAAGAGGGAUUCCAGCUACGAUUUCUCAGAGAUUGUGCAAACCGAAAAGAAGAAAGCCCUCGAACGCUACGAGACCGAAGCAAAGGCCUCGCUGGUUGAAGGUACGCCUUGGAGCGACUACAAACAGCAAUUCAACCUUUACCAGAAGGACCUCGACGACGUCAGUGCCCGCUUGAGAAAAGACGAGAUGAGGCGGCUUGCUACGCGAAGCGAGCGGUGGGUGCGCAACCGACUUAGUGAAAAGAUUGGCGUGGAGUUCAACAAGCUCGGAUCAGGUCGUGCCGGCUCAGGUGCCCCAGCUGAGGGAGAGAAGCCUAAGACGGAGAAGGAGCUCUGGGAUCGCGUUUGGAGCGUGUUCACUGAGGUUGUCGCCGAUGCUGAGUCCAGCUUCACCAAGAGAGCUCGCAGCUUUGACGCCAGCCCCGAAGAAGUCGAGGUUGGUCUUUGGCGGCUCAGGCGGAAGUCUUGGGGUGCGCUGCGCGACAAGAUCGACGAAGAGCUCAUGGAGGGCAACCUUUUGUUGAAGCUUCGCGAGAACUUCGAAGACAAGUUUCGAUACGAUGAGGAGGGAGUUCCCAGGAUAUGGCGCCCUACGGACGACAUCGAGGGCUUGUAUACUCGUGCGAGGGAAAGCACUCUUACCCUCAUCCCAUUGCUUUCGAAGUUCAAGCUCUCUGGAACAUCUGCUCCUCCACCUUUGGAUGCAUGGAUUGGCGAGCCACCCAGCACUGUGACGCCCGCCGAUGAGGAGGAUCUGCAUCCUAUCGGUGGUGUUGAUACAGAAGAAGGCAAGACUUUGGACGAUGAGAUGACUAUGAUCAGCGAUGCAAGGCAACAAGAUCUGGGGACGAGGUUCAAGAAGACCGCUGAUGGAGUAUACGUCGAAGCCAAGCGCAGUGCGAUUGGUGGUGUCACGUCAGUGCCAAUCUAUUUCUAUGGACUUUUGCUGGCUCUUGGGUGGAAUGAGCUCGUGACUGUACUCCGAAACCCUGUCUACUUCAUCCUUUUAAUAUUGCUUGGUGCUGGCGCCUAUGUCACGUACACACUGAACUUGUGGGGACCCAUGUUGCGGAUGACGAACGCUGCCAGCCAGCAAGGAUUGGAAAUCUUCAGAGAGAAGCUCAGGGAGUUCUUGGAGUCUUCUGAAACAGGACGACAGGCGAUUGGGAUGAGCCAGAAGGCUGGGAGCUCGUACAGUUUGGACUCAUUGAACAGCAACGGUACGACAAGGGCAAAGGCCAAGAAGGACGAUGAUGAGGUUGAUGAAAUUUGA